GCGCGGAGUCGGCGGAGGCCGAAGCCGGCGAACAUGGCGGCGCGCGGCGGCCUUGGGCCGGUCCGAGGGGCCUCGGCCUGGGCCGGCCUGGGCUUGGGCCUGGGGCUGCUGCUGCUGGCGCCGGGCUGCGGGGGAGCGACGGACCAGCGCAUCGAGGAUCAAGCUGAGCAGCUUUUCAAGAGUGGACACACCAACAACUGGGCAGUGCUGGUCUGUACUUCAAGAUUCUGGUUCAAUUAUCGACAUGUGGCCAACACGCUCUCUGUUUAUAGAAGUGUCAAGAGACUCGGGAUUCCUGACAGUCACAUCGUCCUGAUGCUUGCUGAUGACAUGGCAUGUAACCCCAGAAAUCCUAAGCCAGCAACCGUGUUUAGUCACAAAAACAUGGAGCUGAACGUCUAUGGAGAUGACGUCGAAGUCGAUUACAGAAGCUAUGAGGUGACUGUGGAGAACUUUUUGCGCGUGUUAACAGGGAGAGUCCCACCUAGCACUCCUCGAUCCAAACGUCUUCUUUCUGAUGAUAGAAGCAAUAUUCUGAUAUAUAUGACGGGCCAUGGUGGGAAUGGCUUCUUGAAAUUCCAGGACUCUGAAGAAAUCACCAAUGUCGAACUUGCUGAUGCAUUUGAACAAAUGUGGCAGAAGAGACGCUACCACGAGAUGCUGUUUAUUAUCGAUACUUGUCAAGGGGCAUCCAUGUAUGAGCGCUUCUACUCUCCCAACGUCAUGGCACUCGCUAGUAGCCAAGUAGGAGAAGACUCCCUUUCACACCAGCCCGAUCUUGCCAUUGGAGUCCACCUUAUGGAUAGAUACACAUUUUACGUCUUGGAAUUUUUAGAAGAAAUUCACCCGGCGAGCCAAGCCAACAUGAACGAUCUUUUUCAGGUGUGUCCCAAAAGUUUGUGUGUUUCGACUCCUGGACAUCGGACGGAUCUUUUUCAGAGAAAUCCUCAGAAUGUGUUAAUAACAGAUUUCUUUGGAAGCGUGAGGAAGGUGGAAAUCACCACAGAGACUGUUUCUUUGAAGCCUGAUUUAAGCUCACUGGGAUACAGUGACCUCAAAUGCCAAAAGGAUGAAGAGCUAACAGAACCGCUUAAUUACGCUGUCCAGCUUCCUGUGGCUCAGAUAAUUCACCAGGUGUCAUGUGUUAGAGAAUGCACUCUGUCUUUGGAGAGAAACCCAAGCCGAAGGAGUGGCACCCACCGGGAGGCUUCAUCCUGGGCCUCUGGGCCCUCAUCCUCAUGGUGUUCUUCAAGACGUACGGCAUCAAGCACAUGAAGUAUGUGUUUUAGAGGGGGUCACAUCGCUCCGGGAGUGCCAGACAGGGUGAGGAGGGUCAGGGACCCUGAACUUUGAGGAGGCUUUUUCAUUGUCAUACAAUUUCAUACUUGAAACAUGUUCUGCUGUUAAAGGAUUUUUCAUUUUCUAUGUUAAAUGUGGUGUAAGCAAAUCAUGUCUUGGUUGAUAGUUUAAAAUGUUAACUUUUCAGUGUGAAUACUUUGGAUCUAUUAAUAAAUGUGAAAAACACCCCUUC